AAAAUGACCCUUAUUGGAUUAAUUAUCGCUUUCUGUAUUAUUCCGACAGCUGUCAACGCUGAUUGUCUCUCAGGGAACUGGACAACGCGUGUUGAUACAGAUGGAAAUACUUAUGGCUAUCAAGUACUUGCGAGGGAUUGGCUUAAUUUUUAUGAGGCCCGUGCUCUAUGUCUCGGAGUUGGAGGUGAUGUGGCAUCUAUCCACAGUGGUACUGAAAACGAGUUUGUCCGAAAAUUGGCAGCACCUUAUAUUAUCGGGUGCCAAACAAAUAAAACAACAUGUGGUGCUAGAGCUACUACAAGUCUUGAUACUGUUUUAAGUGUAGUUUGGUUAGGAAUGCACCGGUGUCAAUAUUUUCCAAGUUACAAUGCUACUGUUGAUUGUGUCAAUUCGGAUGGAACGCCAUGCGAUUAUGGAGCUACAAAUGCCGUAAUUCUUACUGGACCUUCUCCUUUCCCAUGGGCUUGGGGAAAUCCUUCAGGAUCUGACAGCGGAGGCGGAGCUGGUCUCAUUGAGGACUGCGUUUCAAUGUAUAAUGCCACAACCGGGGAGUGGAACGAUCUAUCAUGCUUUCAAAAAUUGGGUGGAGUCGUCUGUAAAAGAAAUUGUACAGGAACUUGUGGAAGUUCAUCUAUCAAGAAUGCUUUAAUUACUAGCCCUUCUGACAUUACGGACACAAGCUGUACAUCGGGCAAUUGGACUAAAAGAACAGGAGAGGAUGGAAACACGUAUGGGUAUCAAGUUGUAAUGAAGGAUUGGCUUAAUUUUUAUGAGGCAAAUGCACAAUGUCUUGCGCUCGGAGCUGAAGUCGUAUCUGUUCAUAGCUCAGCUGAAAACGAAUUUAUUCGUCAAUUAGCCGGCCCAUAUAUAAAUGCGUGUCAAACAAACACAACUGUUUGUGCUAGUAGAGUUUCUACUACUACUCAAGACAUUCAGUGGCGUUCACUCUGGUUAGGCUUGCACCGUUGUGCAUUUUAUCCUACUUAUAAUGCUACGGUCGAUUGCGUUAAUUCGGAUGGAACAAGUUGUAAUUAUCUUAACAUCACUGGAGGUCCAUCAGGAACAGAAACGGGAACAGCAUCUGGUCAACAAGAAGCCUGUGCUGCCAUGUACAGCGCAACAACAGGACAGUGGAAUGACAUAGCAUGCUUUAACAAAUUGGGUGGUGUAAUUUGUAAAAAGAACUGUUCGAACGCAUGUGGAGUUGCAUCAACAACUACCACACAGUUGACUACAACUACCACGCAGCCAACUACAACAACAACCUUACCAACUACUACAACUACCUUACCAACAACGACAACUACUUUACCAACAACCACAACAACUCUGCCUACUACUACAACAACCGAACCAUCAACAACAACCACUACCCAGCCAACCACAACUACAACCCAACCAACAACAACCACAACUGAACCCUCUACUACAACAACCACCACCCAGCCAACUACAACCACAACUGAACCCUCUACCACGACGACCUUUAAUUGCGCUCAACCACCAGUCACAGCAUUGCUGAGUUACAACACUUCUGAUUCUAAAAUACAAACAGGUUCCAGCGCAAUUGAAGGAGUGUGCCUAUGUCCAGCUGAUCCUGGCAACAGUAAUGUCUUUUUCAUCCCUGUUACAACCGUUACAACUGGUUCAAGUGCAAGUAAUUCUUCAGUUAUUAUGAAAUGUUCAAAUAUGCAAGACUUCUGUAUUUGCGACGAAGAUGAUAUUUGUUGGAAAGUAAUAAAUGCUUAUUCUCUAGUUGUGAUUAAUUCUUUCUGCGAUCCAACAUGUCAUAUGUAUGCACGAUUACAAAACGCUGCCCCGUUUACUCAAACCUUCGUGAGCGAAUGUGGAAGAACAAUUACGCUUGCCGAUGAAUUGACUCCAAUUCCCAAUACUAAUAGAAAUAUGUUCAAACCAUUGGGAAGCUCAGCAGACUACUACAUCAAGGCUGCGAGUAUUCGAUGUCUUCAAGCAGGCGAGACUUGCACCCCAAUCAAAUGUUCGGGUACUAGAAAGCCGUCUCAAUGUCCAACAACCACAACAACCUUGCCAACUACCACAACGACCUUGCCAACAACAACCACCACCCUUCCAACUACCACAACGACCUUGCCAACAACUACUACUACCCUUCCAACAACCACAACCACUUUGCCAACAACAACCACCACCCUUCCAACUACCACAACAACCCUACCAACAACCACUACCACCCUUCCAACAACCACAACAACCUUACCAACUACCACUACCACCCUUCCAACAACCACGACAACCUUACCAACAACUACUACUACCCUUCCAACAACCACAACAAAGUUACAAACAACAACUACUACCCUACCUACAACAACACUUGCGCCGUUAAAUUGCGGUAAUUGUGCAACGGGUCAAUCAAGAGUGAUAUAUGAUAAGAAUACUUUAACAAGUAAUCAAAUAGUCAAAAAUAAUGCUGCAAGUCAGUGCAUCUUCAACUGCAAGGAUCCAGAUGUUUCACAGAUUUGCUACAGUACUGAUGCCGUAAACGUCGCUAGAAUUAACUGUACUGAUCCUUCACAAUUCUGUGUUUGUGCUUCUAAUGUUCAAAAAGGUUGCUAUACAGUUACCAACACUGCACUUUUGGCAGAUUAUUCAAUUUAUGCUAACGCUAGUUCUACAUUUUUGGUUAUCAACUCUGGAUCAAGCAAUAUAGCUAAUAGUAUGACUGGUGCCUCUUAUAAAUUUACUGCAAGCCCAUCGUUUGUAGUUGGCAACAGCAGAACUUUGAAUGCCCCUGUACUCGGAAUUUCGUGUAAUGGUUGCGACCCAAUACACAAUCCGGGAGCGGAUGUAAUAAAGCCUUGCACUCCAGGAGGCGGUUAA